GUAGAGAGGUUGGUUCUAUAACUGUAAAAGAUUAACAAAAUUUAUCCAUCAAAAUCUUUAUUAAAUAAUCUCUAUCUAAUAAUCAUAAUAUUGUAUUAUAUCGCUGAAACAAAUUCUUAUAUUCUCUGUUAACUAAUAUUUAAAAAAAAAUUAAUCUGCUUGCACAAUCUUUGAUGAAUUUUGUAGCCUGAUAAAAACUCUUCAAAUGGGCCCUACUGUUAUAAAUAAAACAACUUUGUAAACAUAUAUGUUGAUUAAUUAAAUGUAUAUGGCUUUGCAGUGUAUGAAGAGUGUUACUUGUUGGUCUGUCACUUUAUUUAAUAUUAGAACGUGUAUCAAUGAUUGGGCCUUCACAACUUUAAAAGUAACUAGUGUAGGGAUGACCAAACUCAAACUGCUUAUUUAAGAAGUCAGAUUUUCCUUUCUUUAACUUUAAAGUUUUAGUAGGCAGUAUGAAUAUAUAAUGAUGAACAUUUUUACACUCUCGUUAUGUUGUGACUUAUAUUUUCUUAUUUCAGCCUGUAAACCAUGGCUCCUAAGAGAAAUAACAUAGUUCCCAAUGGCCAUUUCCAUAAGGAUUGGCAGAGUAUGGUUAAAACUUGGUUUAACCAGCCAAUGAGAAAAAAACGCAGGAGGGCUGCUCGUGCUGCCAAGGCCGCUGCUAUUGCUCCAAGGCCUGUUGCUGGUCUCCUGAGACCCAUCGUUCGCUGUCCAACAUUCAAAUACAAUACCAAGCUCAGACUAGGACGUGGUUUCACCCUGGAUGAACUUAAGGUAAGUUUAUUUAUCAUAAAUUUGUUAGGGCUAGUUUGGGCAAAAUUAUGGAUCUUGGGUACAGAGAUGCCAAGUAGAACAAUUAUUUUUUUAACAAUUUUCCCUCACAUUGCUUCAACCUGAACGCAGUCCUCCCCAUGUUAUAUGACUGCCAUAAUAAUGCCAGACCUGUUUACUCUUACGAUUUUGGCGUACAAUGUAUGAUUUUUAGGUGUAUAGGUUGUAUAUGCUGUUUAUUUUUUUAUAUAAAUAUAACGUAUUGAACGAUUUUGUGAUGAUAUUAUACGCUUUUAAGAGUUUGAGGGUAAACAGGUCUGUAAUGCUCAGCAAGGAUAUAUGGCUUACUGGUUGCAUUAAAUUUGCUAAGUAACCUAGCAACUUAUAUAUGUGACAAGAAGAGGUGAUGAGCUGUGUAAACCCCUCUACUCUCGCAGCACAGGGUCAAAGAAGGAAAAUGAUUAUUGAAUCCCAUGAUUAUCUUAAGACCUGUUAAAUAAAAAAAAUAAUUUCAAACUUUCAUUAAUUUAUAUUCAAGCUCAAGAGACCAUAACAGUCACUUGGUAUUGGUUUUGUACAAUGCAUGCCCAACUUUACCACAAGGUAAAUGUGCAGUUAUCAGCAUGGGUUUUGCCAAGAGUUGUCUUAAGCACAGUGACGUCACUUGGGGGUAUCCCAACACUGGACCUAGGUUGACAGGACCGAUUGUUGGUCCUGAAGGAUGUGCAUGAAAAUUUUCCUGUUCUUCGCUAAGCAUUUUCUCAUUAUAAACGUAAUCUGACUAGAGAUACAGUUAAUAUGAUAAAUAUUUAAAUGUAAUUUUCCAUUGGUUUUUAUUAAAAUUCUACUUACAAAGUUCAAAAGAAAUGAAAAGACAAAUUCAUCCUUUCCGAUACCCCAAGAUCGACACAGAAAAAAAAGAUGUGCACAUGGACUAAAAGUGCUAUCUUUUGAUUGGUGGAGUGCAUAUCUGCUUUUCGUUUCUGUAAUGUUGUAUUUUAACAGGACAUUUUAGCAUAAUCUUAUGCAGAGGGAGAGCCUCUCCCCUCACUUGCAAUACAAAAAUAAACAAUAUAAUUUCUGAGGAGGGUAAUACAUACACACACCCAGCUUUAACAAAAAUUAAAAGUUUCAAAUAAAUGCAGUACUAAAAUUCGAAUUCUUUUAAAAAACGGAACUAUGGUCGGUAGUUGACCAAGGGGAGCCUCCAUGACCUGUAUACUAUGAAAGACAUCACCAGCCUUGGAGCUAACUGCAUUUUAGCCCCGCACAGCUAGUUUAGAAUUACAAUCACGCAGCUAGGCCAGAUUUAUAAGAAGUAAGCUGGCAGUUCAUGUGUAAGUUUUGUGCCCGACUGCCAAAGCAACUCAUGUGCCAUCGUGAAACUAUUAUUGCUAGUGACCAGGCUUAAAUAGUCUGAAUGUAAGUCAUUUUUUUUUUUUUUAAAUUUUUCCCCCUUGUAUGACUGGCCACAAUUUUUAAUGAUAAUUGGGAGGAGUAUUUGAUCAUUGUUUUGUAAAGCUCGUCCAGGUCUGUUUUAAAAUUGACAGGCAAAUCUUAUGUUCAUUUACGAUCGUUAGACUUGGCUCUUGCGGAGUCAAUUGGUGUUGCCAACUAGAUUAUAUUUAUUUGGAUGUUAGAAUCGAUUUUAAAUGGAGUGGUGCAGUAGGCUAUUUCCAAUUUAUCUGUUUUGGCAGGUGCUUUUACGGUUCUCUCACAUUUAGCUUUUUUUUUAUUCAUUUAUUUAUUUGUUUCAUUUUAGGCUGCUGGUGUUAACAAGAAAACUGCCCGCACCAUUGGCAUCGCUGUUGACUUCAGAAGACGAAACCUUUCUGUUGAGUCUCAGCUUCAAAAUGUUCAGAGAUUGAAGGAGUACAAGUCCAAAUUGGUAGUUUUCCCCCGCAAAGAAGGAAAACCAAGAAAGGGAGAUGCUUCUGUAAGUAUUAUCUAUAUUUUACCUGUAUUUAUACCACAUUCUUGUACAAGUAAUGUCAGAACACCUAUUUAGCUUUAUUCACCCAAUCAUAUGUUUAUUUCAUUUCAAUCAACAUUUUAUUCAGUAAUAGCUUUGGUGAUGCUCUAAACAUCUUAUUUAGCCACUUUACCUAGUUUAAAGGCAUUGAUCUUGCCUGUGAUGCUAGAAAUAAUUUUUUACCUUUUAUAAAGUUAUGCUCCUCCUAGGCAUGUUAAAACUAUACAUCAGUGAUUUCAGGCCUAUCAAAUUAUUGUGUUUUUCUCAAGUGAAACUGCUGUCUUACUUUUACAUUCAUAUGACUCUUUACUUUUCAGCCUGAAGAGUUGAAACUGGUUAAACAACUCACAGGUACAGUUAUUCUACCAAUUCCGAGAACAUUCAAGGCAGAGAAAGCUCGAGUGCCAACAGAAGAUGAGCGUAAACAUAAUGCCUUUGUUGCUCUCCGCCAAGCCAGAAUUACAGCCAAGUUGGUUGGUGUACGAGAAAAGAAGAAGAAGGAGGCUGAGGAAAAAGACAAAUAAAUUUCUUCCCCCAAUCAUUUUCUUGUAAUAAAUUAUUUUGGGAGCCUGUUUGUAUGCUUUUCUUAUUUUCAUUGACUGGGAGAUUGUAUGUACUAAUGUUUCAAGGAGCGGUAGGAUUGUACUUUCAACAUUUUUAUGUGAUUCAUGGGUCAAAAAUAAUGUUUAAGAAAAACUUAGUAACUGGGAGUAGGCUUGCAGUUUCACUAAUUUCGCCAUAAUUACUAUAAGUUAUAAUAGAUUGCAGCACUUCUUAGUGCACACAUAAAGAAGCUUGGCCUGAGCCUGGUACAAGUAAACUGAUAAUCAUUGCCAAAAUGACAGACUAGCUCUCUCCCAAAAGUUUUUGAAUUGAACAGUUUAACAAAUAUAUGAAACAGGUUUCCUGUAAAUUAAUUACUAUUUCAUUCAUUUUCAAUUGCUGAUAUGCUAAGGUUCACCUAAGUUCUAUUUCUAUAAAUGAAAAAAAAAAGUGCUGUCUCCUUAAUGGAAAGGUGAUAUAUAUUUCUAAAUUGUACGUUUUUUUUUAAAUUUGUAAUUGGUUUUAUCC